AUGGCCUCAUCAAAGCCCGCGAUAAACUACCUCUUUGCUACCAGUAUGCUGCUGCUCAGCCUUCUACAGAUUGGACAGUGGGUUUCCAAGGCAGGAGUACUCUCUGAGAUCUCCUCUUGGGGCUCAUCCGCCCAUCUCCCAGACGGUUACGAAUGCAAGCAUGAGUACACUAUCGAACUCAUGUCCUUUGACCCCUUGGUGAUUUACGCCAAUAACUUUGUCAGCGAUGCAGAGAUCAAUCAUCUCCUCGAAACCACCAAGGAAAAUUGGAAUCACUCCCUGGUUUACCACCGCCGGGGUGACAAGUUCCUAUCUGAGGUUGACCAGGAAUACCGCACCUCCCAAUCCGCCAUGAUCUCAUUGAAUGACCCCGUAUCAAAAUGUCUGUCUACCCGAUUGAAGUCAUUCCUUGGGAAUCUCCAACAUGUCGAUACCGAGCCCCUUCAGCUCGUAAAAUAUAAUGGUGGGGAACGGUUCCGCAUGCACCAGGACUGGCUUGUGGCACCUAAGACCAACUCCUUCAAUUCCGACAGCCCAGUCAGACCCUUCAACCGUUUGUUCAGCAGCUUCGUAUAUCUUGAAGACAACUGCACGGGUGGGGAGACGUAUUUUCCAGAUUUGAAGGGUGUUGGGCCCAGUGCAGAUGGGCACAAGUUUUCCCGGACAGAGAACGGACAGGGGCUUCUGUUCAAACCCAGGAAAGGCAAUGCGGUAUUUUGGAGCAAUCUGUUCAUGAAUGGGACAGGGGAUCCGAGGAUGGCGCAUGCAAGUUUGCCGGUGAAGUCUGGGACCAAGAUUGGAAUGAACAUGUUUGGGCUGUAUUAUUUAGACCUUCCUAUUUUAGGGGAAGUCGAAUAUGAUUCUUAG